GUUAAUGCUUUUUUAACGUUUUCAUUAUUUUAAGGGCAGGCGGGCAGGGUCACUGUGGUUCACGCAUGGGCCGCUGUAAGUCUCAUGCACGAACUUUAUGCUUGAAGCUGGCGGUGGUGGGAAUAAUAGUGGGCAUCUAUGCCGACAUGUCGUCGAGGUCCUUGCCCUCGAUACGAAGGACCGAGAGAUUGUGCGUGCUGCUACCAGUUGCUGUCUGAAUCAUGCGAGGGUCAGCGGCAGAUGCAGUGGACAACGCCUAUGCAGGUGGUGUGCCGACUCCUUUUUAUGGGGAGGGGGGGGCAGUUCGAACAGAUGCUGCUGGAAGUUACGAACUGCAGAAAUGGCCGCAUGCGCUCAGAGAAACUCCAAAGCCCAGAGGCGGUGGCUGCAGAGUGAACCACAGGACCAAGAGACAAGGAUAAUACCCGGGUCAGAAGUGUUUGUGCAAGGGGAUAGAUACACCGUCGUGCUUUUGCGCCAGGUGGAUGCUAGCGAGCAGAUGAGAUGGAGUGGUUUUGGGGGCGACGUUGGUCCAAGAAAAGGCUACAUGGUCUUUCACAUGCACGCCGACCUCUAGGGAAGAACGGACUCAAUAAUGGUGGUGAUGAGCAAUCUUAC